AUGUUGAAACUUAUUGGAGAAUAUCAUGGGCCUUUAAUGAAGCAUUUAAGUAAAGUUUGGUCACCAAAAAGAAAUCGGCUAACAUUUAUGUCACACGAAUCUCAGAAUUCCCUUUUAAAAAUUUUGGCAAAUCAGGUGCGGUUAUCUAUAGUUAAAGAAUUGAAGCAAAGUGGUUUGUUUGCUGUCAUAAUUGAUACCACUACUGAUGUUGCUAACAUAGAGCAAUUUACUUUUCUUGUGAGAUAUAUUCAUGAAGGUAAACCAUAUGAACGAUUAUUAUGCUUGGAAGCAGCUACUGAUGCGACCGGAAAAGGGAUGUUUGAUACUUUUUGUUGUAUCACUGAAAAGUACCAAAUUGAUUGGAAAAAAGAUCUUUGUGCACAGUCAUAUGACGGAGCUGCUACAAUGCAAGGGGAGUAUUCUGGUUUGAAAACUCUUAUCCAAAAUGAAAACCCAAGAGCAGUAUAUGUGUGGUGCUUUGCCCAUAUAAUGAAUUUGGUAAUAGUUGACACUUUAGACUAUACUACAGAGAUAAGAAAUUUUUUUGGAGAGUUACAAGGAUUAGUAAGUUACAUGAGGGCUAGAAAACGUACAGCAACAUUUUAUGACUGCCAAAAGAAUUUAAAUGUGGGAUCAAAAUCUAAGGACCGAAUUAGGAAGAUAAAAAAUUUUUCUGAUACCAGAUGGACGUCACAUGACCGCGUUAUUUCUGUGAUUCAUGAUAAAUUUGAUGCAUUAAUUGACACUUUAAAAAUUUUAUCCAGCUCAACAGAUAGAGUAACAUCUUCAAAUGCAAACAUAUUCUUACAAACAAAUUCAUCUUUUUCUUUCAUAUUGAUUUUAAAGUUGAUGGGCAGAAUAUUUUCAAUUACAACUCCUACAUCAUGUUACUUACAAUCAAAAAAUAUAGAUUUUAUUCAAGCUUUUCAAUUAAUAGACAAUUCUAAAAAACAAUUAGGUGCACUUCGUUCCGAUGAAAAGUUCAUUGAUCUAGUUAGGGAGUCCAGACAAUUUUCUAUAGAUCAUAAUUUACUAGAAUCAAAUUUUAAAGAGUCUCGUGUACGUAAAAAAAAGAAAAUGUCUGGUGAACAAGUAAAUGAUGAAAUAACUGUUUCACCAUCAGAAAGAUUCAAAAUAAAUACAUACUUCACAGCGUUGGAUCAAAUCAAAACAUCAAUUAACAACAGAUAUAAUGGAGCUAGAGAAAUUUUUAAGGAUUUAUCACUUCUCUCUCCAAACCGUUUAAUGGAAAUUUCUAGAUCUCCAAAUGCAAUGCCUAAAGACUCGUUUCUUUAUUUAUCUCAAUGGAUAAAAGACAUAAAUGUUGAUAAACUGAAGAAUGAAUAUAUUGUAUUCAGCAAAAAUAUUACAGAGCUGAUAAAUUGUACAACACUACCAACAGAACUUCAUUCAAAUGUCAUUGAAACUUCAGAAAAUAUGUUGGGUAUGGAUUCAAAUGACGAAUCAUCAGAUGAUGAAAGAACAGUAGUUGAAGAUAAUACAAAAAGUUAUGGACCAACUGCAUUGGAAAUAAUGCAUCUUCUUUCUACUCAUGAUUUGAAGUCAGCAUUUCCCAAUUUGUAUUUAGCUUACCAAGGAUUAUGUACUAUGCCCUCAUCGUCAGCUUCAGCUGAAAGAAGCUUUUCAAAGGUCAAAUUAAUUAAAACAAGACUACGCUCAACAAUGGGGCAAUCUAGAUUAGAAAGUCUAUUGAUUCUUUCGAGUGAGAGAGAUAAGGAAAUAAACAUUGAAGAUGCAAUUAAUACUUUUGGAAAUUCAUCAAAUCUUCUUAAAAAAUGUUUAAUGAGCCAGGAGGACAGAUAUCCUAGAGGAUAUCUGUCUGCCUGGGCUCUGGCUCCUUUU